CUAGGUACAGUCUCCCCACAGCUGGGGAGAAUCAUGCUGUCAGGGCUGCACGCUGUCCUCGGAGCUUCCCUGGCACCAGCCUGGCUUUGCAGCAGCACCAGGUGCUGACAUGAAGGAGAGGCAGGCUUGCCGAGGGCAGCACAGCAAGGGGAGGCUGAGGAAGAGGAUGGGAAGGAAGGGAUCACUUGCAGGACCCUCAUCUGCCCCUCAGACCACAGCAUUUGGGCCACCCUGGCUCCUAUUUUAACAGAAAUGUUUUCUGCACUCGUCUGUCUAAAAAUGACAGGCAGCCCUAUAAUAUAUGUUUCUUUUUUCCAUAUUCAUUUUGGAGGUUUUGUGAGAGAUUUAACCAAUUAGAUGUGUUUUUAAUAAACAAAUCUUGAGGCUCAUAUUUCUUUUCUUUUGUCCCUAAAGUUGGAAUGCUGUCCUACAGACAAUUGAAAACAGCAUAGUCCUAAUAGAUUAAAUCUGGUUGCACGAGUUUUAAAAACACAGUUUGGCUCUCGUUAUCAGCAGAAACAAAUUAGUAUGUAGAAAACAAAGAAAAUACAUCCAUGCUAGGAUGGAGCUCAGCUCUAAUUAGCAGAGAGGAUAAUUUCAAAAGCUUUUUUUUUUUUUUUAAAUAGACUUGUAGAGUUUCUAAAAAGGUUUGGGAUUUCUAAAAUUGUGUAUUGUACAUCUAAAAAUCUGACAUCCUGAUCUGCAAUAGCACACAUGUAAAAGGGAACAGUGCUGUCAGAAGAGAUGCUGCAUAGCUUGGUUCCCAUAGAGUUGGACUUGGCUCCCAUAGAGUUGGGCUUGCUACCCUGAUCUCAGCAGUCCUCAGCAGCAUGGCCUGAAGACCAGUGGCAAUUCCCCAUCGCACAGAACCACCGUGAGCAAGGUUUUAGGUCAAAUGUCCUAAAUGCUGAUGUGUGGGAUUGACAGUGGUGCACUGACCUACACGGACUGGCAGAUACUGUUUUGAUCUAUGUGCUUAACCAAGGUUAGCAUUCAGACCUGAGCAGACAGCAGGGAACUGAGCUGACCCCAAACUGGAUAAUGUGGUGUUUUUCCCCUAAAACUGGGAUGGAACUGUUCUUCUGCAGUUUUGCUGAAGUUGGACCAGACCUGGAAGAACCCCAGUCAGAGCUGAACCCAAGCAGAAUUGCUAAGUGAGCACAGGCUUCUCUCCCUGUGCUGUUCUGUGGCAGCAGGGCGAGCACAGAGUGCAGUCACUGCUCAGUUUGCGUUGCUGCCGAUGGACCUGAACAACUCGUAGCACGUUCAGCUUCCACCGGUGAAUUUAUGGCACUGCUUACAAACUAGUGGAAAGAAAAGGAAACACCAGAUUUUCCCUUUAAUCAAACCUGGACCUCCGCUGUUCCCCUCUUCCUUCCGAGGCUUAUCGCCUUCCUCCCACCGCUCUCCUUUUCUGCAUGUUUAGGCUGUAAGCAGCGACGUGACCAGCGCUGGCUGUGCUAAAGACAACGAGGCUGCUGCUAUUUAUUAGAGAGGGAACCGGAGCUGCUCUGCGCACAUCCAUAUGUUUUGCUAACUUUCUAAGAUAUUCUUGGACAGUGUAAAAUAAAUAAUCACAACUGCCUCAACUGGCAGAAAGAAUGCAAGCUAUCUAACAAACUGCUUGUGUUCCUUUUCUGGGCUAAGACGUGGGCGCAUUGUCUGCACUGAAAGCAGCCGCCAGGACGGCAGUGGGGUGGUACUGUAAGUCCCCAGGUCUGGUCCCUCUGGUUCUAAACACAAUACAGUUCCUUCCAUGGUGACUAGAACUGAAAAACAAAGCAAAGCAAAGCAAACAUUGGCAAGCAGAGGUACAGGAAGUUAAGAAAGGAAACUUUCAGCAGUCACAGGGCUCUGUGCGAGGGAUGAUCUUAUACAUUGAUUGUGGCGUUCUCCGCUCCCCGGUGCCACUCUGAAUCACUUACAGAUGUGCUUUCGCACCGCAGUACUACAAACGGCCCGUGACACAGAAACGUGACAGCCGUACUGCGGCUACAGGGCAGCCGGCUCCUCGUCAGUCAGCGGCUGACGGUGCCUCCCCGCUCGGUUUGCAGCUAAGGUCACAGCGCACAGCGCAUGUAAGCUGUCCCGCCCCUGUUCCUAGAAGGCUGAGGUGUGCCUGAGACAAAGCAUUUACCGUGGUUUAACGGACAUACCGAAAUACAGCAUCACUUAUCAGUUAUUUAAAAGCAAUUUCAGCCCCUUGCGUCGAAUUUAUUAUCUGCCCGCAAUCGCAGACCGACACGUAUGCCGAGUGACCCAAAGCAUUGUUUUCGAGCCGCCGCGCAAAGCGCUACCCGCGCAGAUGCCGGCCACAGAACAACUACCCGCGCAUCCACGUCCCUCACAGGCAGCGCACCCGCGCCCCGCGCCCCGCCGGCCCUUCGCACCCACACCGCCCCGCGAAGCGCGGAGGGCUGCGCGCACUGUGCCCCCCUCGGCGGUGCGCGGCUUCCGCGUACCGGCACGGAACGGCCGAGAGCGGGGUCGGGCUCCCGUGGGCGAACGCUCCUCGCUGCGGGCCGCUCGGAGGGGAGCGGCGAGACCGAGCGGCCGCGGCGUUCCGCGAUGCGUCCGAACGGAGCCGGGCUGCGCACCGCGCUGCGUCGGGAGACGACAUCGCCGCUCCCGGGUUGCCAAAUGGAUGCCAGAGACAAGCAGCUUUUGCGCUCCCUGCGCCUGGAGCUCUGCACGGAGGUGCUGGUGGAUGGACUGGUUAUUCAGUAUCUCUACCAAGAAGGCAUUCUCACCGACAGUCAUGUUCAAGAAAUAAAAUCCCAAACCACCAGUCAAAGGAAAACCAUGAUGCUCCUUGAUAUUCUUCCUACUAGAGGACCCAAGGCUUUUGAUGCAUUCCUGGAUUCCUUACAGGAGUUCCCAUGGGUUAAGGACAAGUUGAAGGUGAAGCGUAAGGAAAUGACAGUACAAGAUCCUGCAGUGCCUGAUAAUUUAAUUAUGAGAAGUGGAAAUGUAAAUUACCGUAAUAGAAGUACACUUAAGGAUGUAACUGAAAUUGCCCCAUGUAUUUUGAAGAGUUCACCAACAGAUCAGCAGAUGAACAAGCUUGCGAGGAGACUGGGACCCGAAUGGGAGCAUAUUGUUCUGUGCUUGGGUUUGUCCCAUACUGACAUCUAUCGAUGUAAAGUCAAUCACCCUCACAACGUUCAGUCACAGAUUGUAGCUGCAUUUGUCCUGUGGAGACAGCGUUUUGGGAAAAAAGCAACAAUCCAAAGUCUGCAAGCCAGUCUGAUGGCAGAAGAAGUGGAUCCUUCUGUGAUGCAGUACAUGCUUGAGUAAAGCCUUGCAAUUUGUUGGGAGUUUUCAAGUACUUUGCUAAAUUAAGUACAUCACUGAGAUGAAUUGAAGAUCUGGUGCAUCAAACUGGCAAAACUGGGGUUGAGAACUGUGAUUUUACUAAGUUUUUACGUUCCAGUUUUCGGUGGGACCUUGUGACUUAUGAUUCUUUUCAUGCCAGAUUUCUUUUUAGCAGGCAUUAAAAAAUGGAUCAUUCUUUCCUCUUUCUUUGCUCUUGUACUAUUCCAAUGGGGAUAUAGGGUGACACUUAAAGUCCUUGCACGCAGGAGGCCCUGCAGUUAGUUCAGCAAGGUUUCCCAUUUCACUGUGGGAGCAACACUUGAUUUAACCUGUUUUCUGGACUGUGGACUAAGAGCCUUUUUUACUGCUGUUCCAUGGUAGUUCCCUGAUGUCCCAGUAAGAAAUGAGAAUAAUCCCUGUUACUAAUGUAACAAUUUUACAGCAGUUAUUUUGGGUGGCUUGUUUCACAUUUGUCAAAGUCCUAGAGCAUAUCAUUUCUUGCUCGGGUAGAUGGCUGCCACCUUACUGUACCUUUCAAACUGGCCCCAAGCGGGAGUAACAGGAACCCGGUGUGCCCGUGAGGUGUUUUCCCAUUGUAAUUUAAUAGGUGUAGGUUUCUCCAAGGAGGCAGGCAAUGCAUAUGCGUGUUGUCUCUAAGCGUAGCGUGGGUGGGGAAUUCUCUGGGAAGAUAUGCAGCAGGAAAGUGACUAGAGGAUAGGCAGAGAAGGUGCUUAAGAAAUGAGUUGUCUGCUAAGUUUUCCAUCUUUGUCUCAGCUAGUAAACCAGAAGAUAAACUGGUGUCUGCUGAGUCUUUGUACUAUAGCAUGUAUGCAAAGGCAACAGAAGUGGCCAGCUGCUCUUAGAGAUCUGAUGGUAAGAGGCUGAAUACAUGCUAAUUCUUUAUGGGCUCUUUACUGUACUGUAAAUGAGGAACAAUGUUUGAAUACAAGGUUUCCAGGUCUAUUUAUGAGCAAGUUCUGGUAGACCAUUUCAUCUAUACAGAGUCAUUGCCAAAUAACUUCCCAUCCUACAGGAUCUGCUCCAUAUAAUUUAACAGCUUAACAGGCUUGUCAGAAUUCUUUACUAGGGAAAGAAUGAGCUUUAUUGCCUUUUUUUCUUUUUUAAUUCUUCCUCUACUCUGAUUUUUAAAGCCAUUUCCCAAAGAUGGGAAAUGAGGAAAAACAAAGAAAUUUUCAGGAGACAUUGUCUGCCUCUUCAGAAGCAUGAAAAGAGAAAACGCGUCCUGGCAAUUCCUGCAGGUCCUGAAGCAGUCUGGUAGUAGUCUUCUGCAUACAGCUUUCACCUUUGGUAAAUCAUGAUCCUAUUAUACCUCACUCGGAUCUUAAUUAAUCAUAUCCUAUUACAGUUAUUUACAGAGUCUAAGUCUAUCAACAAGUCCCAAAUAAACAGUUUAAAUCAAUUUA